GUUUGUAUCAUGCCGACACCUACGACAUGUACUAGUUUACACACGUGCAACUUACUACAUUUUCAAAACCUACGACACAAAUCCGUGUAGUAAGUUUGCAGAACCCCGUAAAUCGGGUUUUUCGACCAUGAUUUACCCAGAAAAUACAAAAUUAUAAAAAGUGUGAGUUUCCGGUUUACACAUGAAUUUUGUUACACACGAUAUCGAGUCUUAAUGGGGAUGUUACACACUUUGCCCCCUUGCCACAUUUGCGCAUGCGCAAAUUCAACUUCCUAUGGAAAUAAUGGAAACGCAAAAGAAGCUUAUGUAAGUUAUAAAGCAGUCAACUAAAAAGAUGGCAGCUUAUUCAAGGGGGAAAAUUGCAAAACAACGAAUAAGCCCUAAAAGAGAGGCAGAAUUUAUGUGUCGUUCUGGACUGGACUGUGAUGCAUUAAAAGUUGAAUUGAUCAACAGAAGAAUUGGAUAUGGGGUUUUUGCAACUCAAAAUUUUCCAAAAGGAAGCUUUUUGGUAGAAUAUGUUGGAGAGAGAAUUGUGCCCAAGGAAGCAGAAGAAAGAGAAAAGAAGCGCAAAAUAAAACAUACUAGUUAUAUGUUUUACUUUAAGUGGAAUGGUCUGAAGUGCAUUGAUGCAACUAACACUGAAAGAAAGGGGAAGUAUAUAAAGGACGAGGAAGUCGGAAGUCCGUUGAAUAACUGUGUUAUGCGCCUUUUGGCUACCGAGAAUUAUCCAAGGCUCUGCCUCUUUGCAAAUAGAGAUAUUAAAGCUGGAGAAGAGUUAAGAUAUGAUUAUGGGGAAGCCAACCUACCUUGGCGACAAAUUCACCUGAUGAUAAUCCAUUUGAUGAUAACCCAUUUUAUGUCAACCAGGACAGUGAGGAGAACAAUGAAGAAACUAUUGAUACUGAAACAGAGAGUGAAAAAGAAGUUGAUGAUGAUUCCAACACUGCAUCCCCUAUGGAAGGUACUUUUCAUUCAGUUGAUUAGAUCCAUAUCUUUUUUAAUAUUCCCGAGUUAG